UUCUGCACAAGCAUGAAAUAAAGCUAAACUAUUGAGAAGUCAUUUCGGAAAGGCUCAAAAUCUGUAACUUCAGCCGUGUGUUACGAUGUAACUUCAUGCGUUUUACAGCAUAAAUACAUGCAUGUUACAGCGUAAUUUCAUGCGCGUUGAGUGCAGUUAUAUGCAUUACAGUGUAGUUGCAUGCGUGUUAGCAGGGCCGGCUCUAGGCAUAGGCGAACUAGGCGGCCGCCUAGGGCGCCAUCUGGUGGAGGGGGCGCCGCGGCCGCCAGUCACCCGUUCGCCUCGUAAAUCAGCCCCGCCCACUCCACAUCCACAUUUAGAAUUCGGCGGCGCUGAUAUGGGUGUAUAAAGACAAUACAAAGAGAAUUCACGGAGUAGCGCCACGGCCGCGCCAAUCAGCGCCGCCACUUUCUGUUUUCAAAUUUUUUCGGCGAAUUCCGGUGGCAAAACCGGAAGUGACGCCGUCACUGCGUGUAGCGGAGAUUACGAAUUUUGUGUUCGCUUUCCCCUAAAGGGAAAAUAAAAAAAUAAAUAAAUGAAUAGAACUUAAAAAAUGAAUGCCUAUUGUCGCCCCCCCCCUUUCGUGUGUUGUGUCUUUAAAAAUAAUAAAUAUCAACAAAUGACGUUCAUCAAUUGUCUGUUAAGUCACGUGACGGAUCGGAGGACCGAGAUCGGAGUUGAAAGUAAACAGAUAAACAGAAAAACCGGUCGGACAGUGUUUUGUUGAAAGAUGAAGAGGCCUUCUAAGCCCUCAGGUGCACAAAACAGGAAGAAAAGAAAAGCGGAGGAUGAGAAGAAAUCACGCUAUAAAGGUGAGAUUAUGCCGUCAUUUUUUUUUUCUGGCUCGUUAGCUGGAUUGUUAACCCCGCUCAGACCGGCCCGCCGGCGGGCCGGUCAACUUCUCACGAUGCAUUUAUCAAUUAUUUUGCAUAUUCCACAGACGUACUAUGUACCGUUAGAAAGCUGAUAUUCUCAUGAAUCCGCUGGUAUAAACCACUUUCAGAUGUGAUCUACUCUAUGUCUGUCUAGAUGCACUUAAAAAAUAUCUACAGACGCCCCAAACAGCUGCUGGAGAGGGCUCAUCUGAGCAGACAUCCACACAGACACCACUCUCUGAAGCAUGUAAGCGGCCAGUUGUUGUCCCUGACACAAUUCUGUGUUGUUGUUGUUGUGUUUUGUUACUGAAUGCUACAACCUGGAAAGGAAUUACAGUAAUUGUAAUCAUUACAGACUUAAAAUAAAGUUUAUUUAUUAAAUGAAACAGAAGGACACAAUAAACUUUAUGCAGUGGUGUGACAGUAUGGAUGUACUCUGUUUGAAUACAGCUACAAGUCAAGCAUCAUGCAGCAGCAGCAGCAUGAUCACAACCACUUCUGAAAGUCAGCAUGAAGAAGGUGGUACAAGCACACAGCCCGAGGACACCCUGACCCCGUCAACACAUCCAGAAUUACAUGAUGAGUCUCUCAAGGCAGCACCUCUAGACCCUGGUGACUGGCCAUCGUUGUCUGAUACGGCGAGGGUGGAGUUAGUCCACAGAGGGCCAUAUCAGAUAUCAUCUGACUUUGAUUUUCCUAAAAGAGAAGAUGGGAGAAGUUGUCAUCACCACCACUUCCAUAGACAAUUAAUCAAUGGAGAAAGGAUAAGAAGAAGUUGGCUGGUUUAUUCCAUUAAGAACAAUAGUUUAUACUGCUUCUGUUGCAAGCUGUUCUCACAGAAGACAUUUAAACUCAUCGGUGAUGGACUAAGUGAUUGGAAAAACUGCAACGAACUUCUAAAAAGUCAUGAGAACAGUCCAGAACAUUGGAAGCACAUGCAGUCAUGGAAAGAACUUGAAAGUCGUCUUGACAAGGGCCUAACAAUAGACAGAGCUGAGAUGACACUAAUAGAGGCUCAAAGGAGGAGGUGGCGUGAAAUCCUGACCAGGGUGGUGGCCAUCAUACAGUCACUGGCAGAGAGAAACCUCGCACUCAGGGGAACAACGGACAAACUUUAUGAACCAAAUAAUGGCAACUUCUUGAAAGAAGUUGAGCUCAUGGCCAAGUUUGACCCUGUGUUAAAGCAGCAUGUUGCUGAUGUGCAAACACGUCUUCUCCAUACAUCCUACUUAGGGAAAAAUGUUCAAAAUGAACUCAUUGAAUGCAUUGGUGGAAAGAUUGCAGAGGCAAUGGUCGAAGAAAUUCGACAAAACAAAUACUAUUCAAUAAUUUUGGAUUGCACCCCAGAUUUGAGCCAUAAAGAGCAGCUCUCAGUCAUCAUUCGACAUGUUGCAGUUGAGGACACCCCACAAAUCAAAGAAUACUUUAUGGGGUUCCUUGAGGCAGAGGACUCCACUGGAGAAGGCCUUUCAACCCUCAUUCUCAACAGACUGGAGGAGCUCAGCAUCCCAUUUGAAGACUGCAGAGGGCAGUCUUAUGAUAAUGGAGCAAAUAUGAAGGGGAAGAAGAAAGGAGUCCAAGCCAGACUCCUGGAAAAAAACCCAAGGGCUUUAUUUGUGCCAUGCGGAGCACACACCGUGAAUCUGGUGAUCGCUGAUGCAGCAAAAAGCUCUACUGAUGCCACUUCCUACUUUGGUUACCUGCAAAAGCUGUUCACACUGUUUUCUGCCUCCACUCAGCGAUGGUCCAUCUUAACAAAACAUGUGACCACAACGCUGAAAUCCUGGUCAGAUACAAGAUGGGAGAGUCGGAUCAUGAGUGUACAGGCUGUGAGAUACCAGGCUGCAGAAGUCAGAGAUGCACUUCUAGAAGUUAGGGACAACGCCACAGACCCACAGAUAAAAAUUGAAGCACAAUCUCUCGCUGAAGAGGUUGGAUCUUACAGAUUCUCAAUCUGUACUGUGGUCUGGCAUGACAUCCUGACUAACGUUCAUCAUGUCAGCAAACUACUGCAGUCAGAAACGAUGCAAAUGGAUGUUGCAGUUGACCUUCUGAAGAAAACUGAAGCUUCCCUUGUAGCCUACAGAGAGAGCGGCUUUGCUUCUGCACAAGUGUCUGCCAAAGAGAUGUGUGACAACAUGAAUGUGGAGGCUGCUCUGAAGCAGAAGAGACUGCGAAGAACUAAGAGACAGUUCUCCUAUGAGGAUCCUGAAGAGGAAAUGACAGACGCACUGAAGAAAAUGGAAAUUUCCUUUUUCAAUGUGGUGGUGGAUGUUGCCAUUGUGUCACUGCAGGAAAGAUUCCAGACAUUAGGUGAAGUUGAGAAGAAGUUUGGUGUGCUGGUCAACUUUCCUGACCUGACCAAUGAAGAACUAAGGAACCACUGUGAAACACUCAGCAACACCCUGAGCUGCAAUGGACAGUCGGACCUGGACUGGAAGGAACUGGCUCAGGAGUUGCAGAGUUUCCCAGACUUAAAAGGCAAAAUGACAACCCUUGAACUCCUCAGCUUCCUACAGGAGAAGAAACUGCAGGAAGUUUACCCUAAUGUGUGGGUGGCCCUGAGGAUCGCUGUCACCAUUCCUGUGACAGUUGCUGCUGCAGAGAGGAGCUUCUCCAAAUUAAAGCUCAUCAAAACAUACCUGCGAUCAACCAUGUCUCAGGAGCGGCUGAAUGGACUCGCACUGAUGAGCAUCAACCGCUGCCGGUGCUCGGAGUCGGAGCUGUCCUUCCUGCAGGAGCCCAGCGACGUGAUCGCGGUCCGGGACCGGCCGCUCAUGCUGCACUGCCAGGUCCGCGGCGAGGAGCCGGUGGCCAUCAGCUGGAGGAAGAACGGCGCGCCGCUGGCCGCCGGCGGCCGAAUCCGGGUCCUGCUCAACGGCACGCUGCUCAUCGGCAGCUUCCAGAAGCGCCGGGACGGCGGCGACGGCGACGUGGGGGAGUACGACUGCGCCGCCCAGAACCGCUACGGCAUGCUGGUCAGCCGCAAGGCCAAGGUCGCCCUGGCCUCUCUACCGAAGUUCUACACACACCCGGCGUCCAUGAGCGUGGACGAGGGAGGCGUGGCUCGCUUCCAGUGUCAGAUCAACGGCGUCCCUGAGGCGCAGAUCACCUGGGAGCGAGACAGACAGCCGCUGGACACCGGAGACAGCAGGUACACCCUCCUGCCCAUGGGCGUCCUCCAGGUGACGGGCGUGAGGCAGGCGGACGCCGGCGUCUUCCGCUGCGUCGCCACCAACAUCGCCAACACGCGCUACAGCCACGAGGCCACGCUCAACAUCACCGGUGGAGCCGCCAGGAGCUACAAGGAGCCCGUCAUCUUAUCGGGACCGCAGAAUCUGACCAUCACCGUCCAUCAGACCGCCAUCCUGGAGUGCAUCGCCACCGGCAAUCCCAAGCCCAUUGUGUCCUGGAGCCGACUGGACGGGCGCUCCAUCGGGGUGGAGGGCAUCCAGGUGCUGGGGACGGGGAACCUGAUGAUCUCCGACGUGUCGCUGCAGCACUCCGGGGUCUACGUGUGCUCCGCCAACCGGCCCGGGACCAGGAUGAGGCGCACGGCGCUGGGCCGCCUGGUGGUGCAGGCUCCUCCAGAGUUCCUGCAGUGGCCUCAGUCCGUGUCCAAGACGGCGGGCGGCAGUGCCGUGUUCACCUGCGUGGCUCAGGGAGUCCCGGAGCCUCACCUGAUCUGGCUGAAGAACGGCAAGGUCCUGAUGCCCGGCCACAACGUCAAGCUGACCAACAACAACAGCACCCUGGCUCUGACCCGGAUCAGCGCCGAGGACGAGGCCAUCUACCAGUGCAUCGCCGAGAACAGCGCCGGGACCAACCAGGCCAGCGCCCGCCUGGCCGUGGCCCAGGCCAAAGACCUCCCCGAGGCCCCCGAGGGCCUGGCGGCCUCCGCCCAGUCCACCACCACCCUGCAGAUCACCUGGAGCCAGCCCCCACCCAACGUCACCGAGAACAUCAUCGGAUACGUCCUGCACAUCCGCAGGAUCGGAGAGCCUGACAGUCUGGAGCUGCAGGAAGCCAUCAGUAAAGGCACGUUUCGUCACGAUGUGACCAACCUGGAAGCGGCCACCACCUACUCCCUGUACCUGAAGGCCUACUCUCCGCUGGGAGCCAGCCAGCAGUCGCACACCGUGGUGGCCACAACGCUCGGCGGAGUGCCGAAGGCCCCCACCUACUUCACCAAGGUGCUGAACAGCAGCGCGGUGCAGGUCCUCUGGGAGCUGCCCGGUAAGCCCGGCAAGGCGGAGGGCUUCCGGCUGUCCUACCGGAGGGUUCCCCAGCCCGAGUACCAGGGGCCGGUCCAGCUGCCCAGCCACGUCAACGCACACACCCUCAGCAACCUGGAGUCUGGAGCGGUGUACGAGGUGAAGCUGGUGGCUUACAACGGAAAUGGAGAGAGCGACUGUUCCAAGAGGCUGGUGUCCCUGGCAGAGGACGGACCGGGCGGACAGUCCAACGGAGGAAGCAGCUUGUGUCAGUGCACGGAGGGCGGGGCGUCUCUGGGCAGCAUCGUCAUCGGGAUCCACAUCGGCACCGCCUGCAUCAUCUUCUGCGUCCUCUUCCUGAUGUUCGGAUACCGCCGCAGCACACUCUGCUGUAAAGGAACCCAGGACAGCUGGUUCGUACCGAGGACCAACACGGAACUCAACGGCAUCCCAAAGGAAGGAGCCACCCACCUCCAGAUGGAGCCGGUGUCUCAGCAGGUGGUCCGUCCGGCUCAGUGCCAGGUGGUCAUCGAGCAGCAUUCGGCAGAUUUACCUGGCACGGGCACUGGAUAA